AUGAGAAGUUCAAUCUUAAAGAAUAUGCAAAUUUUUGAAAAUAUACCUUCGUUACGUAAUUGGCGUCGCCAAAUGGUUAAGGAAGGAAAACUCGUCGGGUUUAUUCCUACCAUGGGUUGCUUACAUGAAGGACACUUGAGCCUAAUGAAGCAAGGAAGCGAACUUUGUCAGGCUGUUGCUGUCUCUAUUUUUGUAAAUCCUGCUCAAUUUGCUCCUAAUGAAGAUCUUGACAAGUAUCCUCGUACUUUAUCUGAUGAUCUUGCUAAAAUAACUGCCUUGAAUAAUGUUGAUGCUGUUUUUCUCCCAAAAGUUGAAGAUAUCUAUCCGACCGGAAUUGUUACGGAUGUAGAUAAACAACUUGGUACUUUUGUAGAAGUAAAGGGAAAAUCUCAUCAGAUGGAAGGCGCGACUCGUCCCACAUUUUUCCGUGGUGUUGCGACUGUAGUUGUAAAAUUAUUUAACAUCGUCCAACCUGAUCAUGUUUUCUUUGGUCAGAAAGAUGUUCAACAAUGUAUAGUUAUUAAGAAUUUAAUUCGUGAUUUACAUUUUCCAAUGGAAAUGCAUGUUGGAUCCACUGUAAGGGAGGAAGAUGGAUUAGCCAUGAGUUCUAGAAAUAGAUAUCUCACACCUGAAAUGCGAAAAGUUGCCACAUUAUUAUAUCAAAGUUUGAACGUGGUAAAGAGUGCAUUUGAACAAAAUAUUCGUGAUCGAAGAAGUCUUCUUUCUCCUGCGUAUGAACUCAUUGAAAAUAAAUCCAAAUACGUGAAUGAUCAAAAUUUAGGGUUUUCUAUAAAAUUAGAUUAUCUUUCGCUUGUGGAUUCUAUAAAUUUGCAAGAAAUUGACGAAGUUGGUGAAAGUGGUGCUAUUUUAUCUG